AUGUGUUUGGACAACUGUGCCAUAUGGUGCAUUGUGUUCAGGAGGAAAUUGAUUGAUUUCAGCUUGCUGCUGGCUCUACUGUCGCUGAUCUUCCUGCUGAAAAUCAGUCCGGUGAGUCCGAAUGACGUCAUCCCGCCAAGCGACAGUUUCCCGACGGUGCUCUCUCCCGACGAGUAUGUCGUUGUCUACGAGGUGACUCUCGCCCUGUGCGCGCUCUCGCUCUCUCUCAACCUCUGCUGCCUGCUCGUCUGCUCUGUUCAGUUCUUGUUUGCAGUCAAGCUAGUCCGGGACUCGCCCGACGGUGAAAGAACAAAUAAAUAUUUGAAGAAGUCUUCAAUAACCAGAGUGUGUGCAGUUGGAGGUUUUUUUGUAUCCAUCCCGGUCUUCCUCACAGGACUGAUCCUGUACACGUUCAUCCAGUUCCAUUCGACGCCGGCCAUCUUGACAAGCGGCCUGAUUGGCUUCGGCAUAGUGUUCUGCGGCUGCGCAAUGGUGCACAACGUCUUCGUCUGGCAGAAGGAGAAGACAGACGCAGUGCGCUCUCUCGCACGCAAACAGCGCGAGCUGCAGAUGCAACACGCUGCUCACUUGCAACAGGUAGGCUGCUCAUCCAAACAGCAACAGAUGCUCUUCUGUAUCUUCUCAAAAGCAACGCGUUGCAUCCGCAAAGAUAUACAAUGA